AUAAGUGCUAAUGAAUAUUUGUUCUUAACUGAUUUCAUUUAUCCAAAACAAACGCAAUCGUCAUCAGAAAUGUUCAUAAUCUACCUUGCAGCAUGUUCAAAAGAUUUCCGAAAAGUGGCAGCAGAAUUUCAACGCAAAUUACCACGGAACAUAAUUCGAAAUAGUAAAGAUACUAAAAUUAUUGCAAUGGUUGAACGGAUAUUAACGGACUGCCAUAGAAAGUCAGCCACGAAUCACUGGAAUCGAAUAUCCGAUCUCCUUCCAAAAGUUGCUCUCUCAUUGAGAGAACAAAUGGAAUGCUACGAUGGUCUAGUGGAAGAACAAUUGGCGUGUAUGAAUUUGUCAUCAUUCAUAUGCCAAUUCAUACAUAAAAGAUUUCAAUUUCGAUUGAUACCAACAAGAAUCAUUAUUAAAGAAAUGUUCGUUGCUGAGGAAGGAGCUGAAAAGUGUCGUAAAAUUAUCAAAGAUAUCCAAAGAAGAAAAAAGUCUCGAUUGAAUGUGUAA